AUGAAGUGGUUUGCCUUCAUACUGUUUCUUAUUCAAGCAGAAAGCGUUUUGUCUUGCGUUUUUGACAAAGUGGACGAAAUCAGUGGUGAAUGGUAUGGUGAGGCUGGAUCUGGUGACAUAAAUGAUUGCUUUUCCGCAUGUUACAAUAAAACGGACUGUAUUGCAUUCGAGCUCGGUGAAGACGGUAUCUGUGAAAUGUUUCGAUCCGGGAGUGAUAGACACCAGUGUAAAGUACCCUGCUACAUCCUUCUUCGUGACGAAGUGGAUCCCGUGUGCAAAACCUACGUGAACGUCUGA